UUUAUUAAUCACUUUUCAAAUUCAGCCUGCAGCAGUAACACCCAAAAAAAUGGUCUUCUCGAAUUUAACCAUCAAAUUAGUCCUCAUUAUAGUGAAUUGCUUCAAUAUCGUGGGCGCCCUCAUUCACAUAGCGAUUUCAAUUUUCAAUUACAAAGAUGUCCAAGAGGUUGAAAGCAUGAUCACGAGCUACGUUAACAUGGUAAUAUCAGGCAUAUGCUGCGCUGCUGCAUUUGUGGAAUCAACAAUUGUCCUGGAAGUGAUUGCAACAGUCUUCCUGUGUGGGAUUGUAACGACAACUGUCAUCUGGAUCUACAUUCAAUCAUUUUGCACCUAUACCUUAGUGUCAAUGAUUUUGAAUGGUAUAAUUGCUGCCAUUACAUAUAUGCUUAUACAUCGUUUGCGAAAAAUUAAUCUACAGAAUAUGAUUUCCUCUUUCACGUCGCCAGUCAUGAUGCCUUUAAAUCCUCCAAACAACUGCGGCUAGUCUAAAACCACAUCUACAACAAUGGGUACCGAGAGCCUAUAUUAUUAUGCUGCACGAUUUCUGGUACAAGUGCAUUUCUUUCAGGUUGCCGAGCGAGAUUUCGCUGUCUUCGUAUUAAAAUGCACAAAAUGAUGGAAUAAAAUAGUGUUAAGGACUGCAAUAAAAACAAAAAAUGAUUGUGGAAAACAA